AUGGUAUGUUUUGUUCAUGAUCGUCAUUUUGUUUCUAAAUUCCAUGCUGCUAUCAAUCAAUUACGGAAAACAAAUGAAUUUACUAUCUUAACAUUACGACAACUACCAAAACGAUGUUGUUCAUGUCCAGAGAAAAGAAAUAAUAUGACAUCUAAACCAACAGAAUCACUCUUAACAUCAAUGGAUAUUAAUGAGUUACGACUUAUUUGUCUUCGACUUGAUUUAAAACAAUAUGCUGCUGCUCAUAUUUUAUCACCACCGUCAAAAAUCCGUAAUUAUACAGUUUUAGUUUAUCCUACUGUUCUCGAUUCAAAAAUGGAAGCUACCAUAUCAAAUAAUUUUAUUGUUCAACAAAAUAAUCAAUUACGUGCUUUACAAAAAAUGCAUCAUAUUAAUCUUGAAUUUGUGACAUCGAACACAUCGAAGGAGUUACUAUAUGAAAUCGCUCAAAUAAAAUUUGACAUAGUAACCAAGUGCUCAAAUUACUUAGAAGCAGUUAAAGCUAUUAAUGGUCUUUGGGUUAUUAUAUCAAUAGAAGAUCAAUCACGCAUUGAUAUUGUGAAACACAUGCUUCAGAAACAAUGGAUGCAAUACAUAAGAAACAUUCCCACAUACGCUACACAUAUGUUAUACAAUUGGCAACAGAAUCAUCUUUCAAAAGUUGCUAAGAAUAAACGUUUAAAUUUCAAGCAAUCUAAGAUUAAUGCUCACGAGAAAUUGAAGAAACAAGCAAUAAAACGAGUCACACGAUUUCAAACGUCAAAAUCCAUAGAAGAAACAGUAGAAACGUUAGAUGAACUAGAAAAUGAAACAGAUACCACUAGCGAAUGUCUGCCUGGUGAAAUAUUAAUAAUGGACAAUCCACGAUUCAAAUUUCUUUUCAAUCGAUAUGAAAAUUCUAAUAAAUCUAGACGAUCACGCACCCAUCGACGACAACAUAUGUUGGCUAUUGCUAUGGCUGCUUAG